AUGGUUGCUCUUUUCUCUGACCAAACAAAUGAGGGUAGACACUUCAGGCAAAAUAUUCGAGCUUACAAUCACGCAUUUGCAUUCACUUCAAUGGGAGUACACGUGGAUGAAAGAAUAAAUAUUGGUGGCCGUGGGAUUUACACAUUUCGUGCUCAAGGUGCAUUAUAUCAUAAGAUUGGUGGACUUUUACCACAUGAAGGAAACAGACCGCGAUUUUUACAAGCCUAUAUAUAUGACACUGAGCAUGAAGUUGAAAACCGAAUGUGUGAAAGUGAAGUUUUAGAUAGAUGUGUGGUUGAAAAGAUACAACAUAUGUUGAACAACCAUAAUCCUUUUGUUCAUACAUUGCGAAGCCUCGGACAACGCCAAGAUUUGCCGAAUUGCAAGUUGAUCCUAAAAGAGCAACCAAUAGAUCGGCGUCAAUACAGUCUACCAUCAGCAUCACAAGUUGCAGCAAUUAUAAUAGAUGGAGAUGAUGCCACCAUUGCAAAUGGAAGGGAUAUCGUGGUCGAGACAAUUAGUGGAAGACUUUCUCACGUCCGAGACUAUGUCGGAUUUUAUGAUCCGUUACAGUAUCCAUUAUUGCUACCUUACGGUACAUAUGGUUGGGAUGUUAAUAGUCGUGAUGAUGGUGGAAGAGCAAUAACAUGUUGCGACUAUUAUGCUUAUAUGUUACAGAUAACUACAUUAAAAUUGAAUCACAAAAACUUCGAUGGCUGCGUUCUAAUCAAGCCACAGUUAGAGCGGAUCUCUAUAAAGGACUUCAAGACUCUUUUAAAUGCAGGUCAACACAAUGCAGGUAGCAUUGGGCGUAGAAUUAUUUUACCAUCAUCAUUUGUUGGAAGCCCACGUGACAUGUACCAAGGAUAUCAAGAUGCAAUGACUCUGGUUCAAAGAUUCGGAAAGCCAGAUCUUUUUAUUACCAUGACAUGUAACCCAAGUUGGGAAGAAAUCAAAAGUGAAUUACUCGCUGGACAAACUCCACAAGAUCGUCCUAACUUACUCACUAGAGUAUUUCAUGCAAAACUUGAGCAACUAAAAGAAGACAUCAUUGAAAAGGGGGUACUAGGCAAUGUUGUUGCCUACACAUACGUUAUUGAGUUUCAGAAACGUGGUCUUCCACAUGUGCAUAUGCUGGUGGUGUUAGAUGAAAAUGAUAAAAUCAAUAACCCAGAUGAGUAUGACCGAAUUGUUAGAGCUGAAAUACCAAACGAAGACGUAGAGCCUCAACUUUACAAUGUGGUGUUAAAGCAUAUGAUUCAUGGCCCGUGUGGGAUUCAUAAUCCUCAAUCUCCAUGUAUGAAAAAUGGGAGCUGUAAGAGAAAGUAUCCCAAACCAUUUGCACCAGUCACUGUUCAAGGGAAUGAUUCGUAUCCAAUUUAUCAAAGGCGAGGAAAUCGAUUGCCCGUCUCUCUUGAUCGACAAGGAAACAUAAUGGUUGAUAAUAGUUGGGUUAUUCCAUAUAAUCCAUGGUUGCUGUUAAGUGUCAAGUACUUAUAUAAGUAUGUUUACAAAGGCCCAGAUAGAGUGACAGUCGAAGUGCAAUCAGACCCUGAAUACGAUGAAAUAAAGCAGUUUCAGGAUGCAAGAUGGGUUUGCGCACCAGAGGCAUUAUGGAAGAUAUUCAAGUUCAUUAUUAAUCGAAUUUACCCAUCUGUUGAGCGAUUGCAAAUACAUCUUCCUAAUAUGCACCAAGUUCAGUUUCGUGCCGACGAGAGCAUAAUAAAUAUUCUACGUGAUGAGAGUACAAGAAAGACAAUGUUAACUGAAUUUUUUACACUUAAUCAUGUGGAUGCAGAAGCGCGACGGUACGUAUACAUGGAAAUCCCAUCACAUUACAGAUGGAUUCAAGCUCAAAGAAAAUGGUCUAAAAGAAUGAAUCGUAACAAGGUUAUUGGACGAAUAUAUGCAGUUUCACCUGCUGAAGGUGAAAAAUUUUACCUUCGGAUCCUUCUUAAUCAUGUUAGAGGACCAACAUCUUUCACAAACUUGAGAACAGUUAAUGGGGUUUUGCAUCCAACAUUUAAGCAGGCAGUAGAACAACGAGGUUUGUUAGAAAGAGAUGACAGUAUUCGACAAUGUUUGCUAGAGGCCUCCACAAUUCAAAUGUCGUCGGCUUUAAGAAGAUUAUUCGUCACCAUAUUGGUAUAUUGUGCACCAAUUGGUGUUCGAGGGUUAUGGGAUGAGUUCUAUCCAUUCAUGAUAGAAGAUUAUGUUUCCAUGACUAACAUAACUCCCACACUUGCUACCAACAGACUCUUGCGUGAGUUGAACAUACUUUUGGUUCAAUUUAAUAAGAGUAUAAACGAGUUUGAUUUGCCCCAAAUGACAAGAGGAAAUGAAUCAAGUUCAGGAAUGACAAGAUGUAUUGAAGAUGAGAUAUCCAUAGGUAUUCCACAACAAGAUCUUGAUGCAAUUGAACGUUUAAAUGAUGACCAAAGAAGUGCGUUUAACAUAAUAAUGGGUGCAGUUCAACGAUCAGAGAAUGCAACUUUUUUUGUGGAUGGUCCUGGUGGAACUGGAAAAACUUACUUAUAUCGCGCAUUGUUAGCAAGCUUGAGAAGGUUGGGGCACAUAGUAUUAGCAACAACAUCAUCUGGAAUAGCAGCUACGAUAUUGCCUGGUGGGAGGACAGCACAUUCUAAAUUCAAGAUACCACUUAGUCUUGAUGCAUCAUCGAUGUGUUCGAUUGGUAAGCAAUCUGAUUUAGCAAAGCUAAUACAAAAGGCAAAGGCAAUUAUUUGGGAUGAAGCAACAAUGACGCAUCGUCAUGCAUUUGAAGCACUCGAUCGAACGUUCAGAGACCUAACAGAUAUUGACUUACCAUUUGGGGGGGAAAUAAUGAUAUUUGGGGGAGAUUUUCGACAAGUUCUUCCUGUUAUCCGGAAAGGAACCAAGUCUGAACUAAUCCAAGCAAGUGUUGUUAAGGCAUCAUUUUGGUCACAGGUAAAGAUUUUAAAACUCAAACAAAACAUGAGAUCCAUAAAUGAUCGUGAAUUUUCAGAAUUUUUACUUCGUGUUGGUGAUGGGAAUGAAGAUGUUAUUAUGGAUGAUAUGGUAAAACUACCUGAAUGCAUGGUGAUACCAUGGGAGAGUGAGCAUUCCAUUAAUCAAUUAAUUGCCAAAAUCUUCCCUGACUUAGAGGAUCAUCUGAAUGAUGCAACCUACAUGGUGGAAAGGGCGGUGGUAACUCCUACAAAUGAAGACGUUGAUAUGUUAAAUGAAAAGAUAAUCAAUAUGUUUCCAGGUUUAGAAGAGACAAUGUAUUCAUUUGAUUCAGUUGAGGAUGAUGAAAGGAAUUUGUAUCAGCCAGAGUUCUUGAAUUCAAUCUCACUUGGUGGUUUGCCUCCGCACAAGUUAACUUUGAAAAGAGGUGCUCCAAUCAUGCUUUUAAGGAAUAUUGAUCCGAAAUUGGGAUUGUGUAAUGGUACAAGAUUAUUGUGUCGUGGUUCUUACCGAAAUCUUAUUGAUGUUGAAAUUCUAACUGGACAAUUUGCCGGAUCCAGAGUUUUCUUACCAAGAAUCCCUCUCAAAAGUACUGAUACUGCUGGGCUUCCAUUUGAACUUACAAGAAAGCAGUUUCCAGUGAAACUAAGUUUCUCUAUCACUAUAAACAAAUCUCAAGGUCAGACAAUACCACAUGUAGGCGUUUACCUUCCAGAUCAUGUCUUCAGUCACGGACAAUUAUAUGUGGCUUUAUCGAGGGGGGUCUCAAAGUUAACCACAACUGUGUUAGUAAAAAAUGGCUCCAUAGUCGGCCAACAAGGUGUAUUUACACGGAAUAUUGGCAAUGAAAAUUUGAAGCGUUAA